UUGUCAGCCAGAAGAGAGCCUGAGUCACUGCACAGGGCCAAGAAAAGGUUAGAUUAAUCUAAAGAUCAAACACCAGUUCUGAGUGAGGAGUAAACGCACAGUGAAAUGCUGCUGCUGCUGCUGCCACUCCUAGUCCUGGCAGAUCUCCUCCCAGGUGGUGACAAUAAGGACGCCCUCCAGGGACCGACAUCUUACCAUGUCAUCCAGAUCUCAUCCUUUAUAAACAGCUCCUGGACACAAACUGAAGGCUCAGGCUGGAUGGAAGAUUUGCAGAUUCACAGAUGGGACAGUGAUAAUGGCACUGCCGUAUUCCUGACAUCUUGGUCUAAGGGUAACUUCAGUGAUGAGGAGCUGUUUGAGCUGAUAGGGCUCUUCCGAAUUUACUUCUCUGGACUCACAAGGGAACUGCGUGACCACCUCCUUGAAUUCCAGAUGCACUAUCCCUUCGAAAUGCAGGGUAUAGCAGGCUGCGAGUUGCAUUCUGGAGGUGCCAUCGAAAGUUUCUUGAGUGGAGCAUUUGCAGGACAGAAUUUCCUGACCUUCAAGAAUUAUUCAUGUUUGCCUGAUCCAAAAGCUGGUACGAGCGCUGAGAAAGUAUGUACACUAGUUUCCCAAUACAAAGGAAUCUGUGAUAUUGUAGAGAUACUACUCUACAAAACCUGUCCACGGUUUCUUCUUGGUGUCCUUGAAGCAGGGAAGGCCGACUUGCAGAGGCAAGUGAAACCCAAGGCCUGGUUGUCCAGUGGCCCCAGUCCUGGGCCUGGCCGUCUUCUGCUGAUAUGCCACGUGUCUGGGUUCUACCCAAAGGCUGUGUGGGUGAUGUGGAUGCGGGGUGAAGAGGAGAAGGUGGAUCAGCAACAUGAAAUCCUUCCUUUUGCUGAUGGGACGUGGUAUCUGCGAGUGACCUUGGAUGUUCCUGCUGAGGAAGCAACAGGCCUGUCUUGUCGGGUGAAGCACAGCAGUCUAGGAAACCGAGACAUCGUCCUCUUCUGGGGACGCUCUGUCUCCAUUGGCUUGAUAUUUUUGGCAAUUCUGCUCUGUUUAGCCAUUUUGCUGUUCCUGGCCCUAUGGUAUUGGAGGCGCUGGUCCUAUCAGGAUAUCAUAUGAACUUUUUUUACAUCGUCUCCCUCAUUUGCAAUAAAUUGUGAGAAGCACAGAAAUCAAUAUUUCUUCCAAUAUUUUAGGUGAAACCAAAUUUUGAGAUUGUAAAUUUCAUAUUGUCUAUACCAAUGUAAAAGUAAUUAAACUUUUUCAUUAUUAGGUGCUAUCAAUAAUAGCAUUCAUUAUUAUAUCAACAUUUACUACUUGUUCUGCACUUUUUGAGAUUACUUAAAAUUUUAUAUCUUGUGCUCUCUUGAUGUAUCACAUACUGGGUUGAAAAUGGUAAAGUCUGUUGCUUAUCUUUCUUGUUUAUUUUGUGUGUAUAAUUAUAGAUAUUAUUAUUUAUAUGUAUAUACAUGUGUAUAUAUGCUCAGAUGUAGUUUGCUGAGUUUAAAUCUGUGUAUUUAAUUUUUUCAAUGUGUGAAGUAGAAAAUAUUUCUUUUUUCUUAUUCCUAAUGGGAGGUUAGAGGGUUUUGUUUUGUGUAUAAAUGUGUAUAUUCCGCAUCAAAAGUGGGACACAUUCACAAGAGAGGGGUUAAUGCUGGAAAUUAUCAUAAUUUUAUGACCAGUUCAAAAAAAUGAAUCUAUUGCUUGACUGCUUGUUUAACUGUUUCUUAGCACAUUUUCCAUGUGUUUUGAGUGAGUUCUGCAAAUUUCUUUGCUUAUACCUAAAGCUUGUUUAUAGUAUCUGUAUGACAUUAGUGCUUACUGGGCUCAUUGUAAUGGCCUUUCUCUGUGUUGGUAAUUGAUUCUUCACCUCUUUCUUGUGCUUUUUCUCCCUUCUUGCCAAAUUUCACUUUUGUACGGUUUUGAAAGACACAAAUCUUGGCUAUAUUGCUUUUCUGCAUUAUUUUCCUCUUUACACUGUUUCUCCUUUGUCUGUUUCAUUUGCUUUCAUAAGAGAGAUCCUAUGAGAAAAGAUCCUGCAAGAUACAUAUUAAGAAACUGUACAUGGAUUUCAGA